GUCAUUCAUUCAAAUAGUGAGCUGGCCGCUGGAUCAAGUUUACUUCAGGAGCAAACACUGUGAGAGGAGCGUCUCGAUCUGAGCUCAGGAUCUGAUUGGUUACCUCACUUUCAGUGCUGUGUGUGUUGAGGAGGAGAAGCUGUACUGAUUCAUUGACACCUGCACCAUGAGGAAGGGCUCCUGCUGCAUGUUCAUGUCGGGAGUCGUCGGCGCUGUUCUCCUGAUCAUGGGAAUCGGCCUGUUUGUGUCCGGACUCUUCCAGACUUUGAUCCACAACAAGCUGAAGGGGGAGAUCACACUGACGGAGGGCAGUAAAAUUUUCGCCUCGUGGAAAAAUCCACCGCCUCCGGUCUAUAUUCAGUUCUUCUUCUUCAACCUCACCAACCCUGAAGAGUUCCUGAAAGGAGAAGCCAAACCUCGUCUUACUGAAAUGGGUCCGUACACCUUCAGACAAUACAGGCCCAAACGCAACGUGACAUUUGUGGACAACGGGAAGAAGGUCUCAGCUUAUACAGUCAAGAGUUUCGUCUUUUUGCCUGAGAAAUCAGUUGGAGACCUGAAAGUGGAUAUGGUGACGACGGUGAACAUCCCGGCCGUGGCUGUGAUGAAUCGGCUCAAAGGCAUGGGUUUCUGGGUUUCCUCUGGUGUCUCUAUGUACAUGGGCUCCAUCGGCACGACUCUGUUCAUGACGCACACCGUGGAGGAGAUGCUCUGGGGCUUCAAGGACCCGCUGCUCACUCGACUGAAAACCAUAAAGCCGGACACAGACGAGUACUUCGGCAUCAUGCGGAAUAAAAACGGCAGUGAUGACGGUGAGUUCGUGUAUCACACCGGAAAGCAGAACUACCUGGACUUCGGACGCAUUUACACCUGGAAGGGAGAGAAGAUGCUGUCCAUCUGGAAAACCAACCAGAGUAACAUGAUCAACGGCAGCGACGGCAGCGGCUUCCACCCGUUCCUGAGCAAAGAAGAGCGGCUCAACGUCUUCACCCCUGACCUCUGCAGGUCCAUCCACAUGCGCUUCGAGAAGGAGGUGGAGGUGAAGGGCAUCCCAGCGUACCGCUUCACGCCGCCCCGAGCCGUGCUGGCCAGCGGCAAGAACAACCCAGAGAACGAGGGAUUCUGCCUGACGCCAAAGAAUUGCCUAGACGACGGCGUGCUGGAUGUAUCUGUGUGUCGGAACGGUGCUCCUGUCGUCGUGUCGUUCCCUCACUUUCAUCUGGGUGCUGAGAAGUACGCCAAAGCCAUCGAUGGCAUUUCUCCGGUGCACAAGCUUCACCAGACUUUUCUGGAUCUGAACCCUACUUUGGGAGUGCCUGUUCGUGCCAUGAAACGAGCCCAGAUCAACAUUCAUCUCGAGAGAGUGACCGGCUUUCUUUUGACCAGGAAUCUCAACGGCACCAUCUUCCCCAUUUUGUUUCUGAAUGAGUCGGUGGUGAUUGACGACGCUUCGGCCGCAAGGAUUCAGAAGCUGCUGCUGAUCGUGACUCUGGUCUCUCAUUUCCCGCUCGUCCUCGGGGCUCUGGGAAUCAUUCUGCUGCUCGUCUGUAUCAUCCUUGUCAUCCGCUUCUAUCAGAACAAGACUGAAGUGAAGCGCUUUGAUUUCGCUGAGGCUUUCCGCUGCUCUCCUCCGUCUGCGAAGAAAGACACGUCAUACGCUCCUGUGAGCGCCAAAGCGGACGAUCAGGACGAGAAAAAUGGCACUUAUAUCGGCAUGACGCCUGUGGACAAGUCUUAAACAGCUGUGUGUGUGUGUGUGUGUGUGUGUGUGUGUGUGUGUGUGUGUGUGUGUCUCAGAUGCUGUCACUCUCAGUAGAGCGGUGUGUGUGUCAGUCGUCUUGAUUCACACACUGACUCCUCCUCAGGACUGACUCCGUGAGCAAACGAGCGUCUGGAUGAAGGACUGAAGAACACACACACUUCAGGCUCAUUCAGCAUCUGUUUCCUUUCAUAUUUAAACACUUUGAGAGAUUUUAAAGCUGCUGUCAGUGAUUUUUUUAGGAGUAUCACACAUCACA